GGCUGAACAAAUGGGGUGACCGCGUUGUGGCAUGUGAGAAGUGGUGUGGACUGCCGCCACUUGUCCCCCUCUUCUGGAAAAAGACGAUGUUUACCGACUGCGAGUUCGCUAACGUUCAUCCAGAUGAUGAUGGUUUCCUGAAGCUGCCAUUGCCUGACGUUGGUGGCAUGGCCAAAAAGAAGCUCAUGGGCGGCCUCAAAUUCGAACCUUGGCGGGGCUGGCCAUUCCGGGAAGAAGAGCCCAUGGCUUUUGACCCGAAUGGUGGUCUGCCAGAUGAUUCACAGAGAGAAAUUACGAAGAUCUGCUGCUCCAAGCCAAUGAGGAAGUGUGUUACCAUUGGGGAGCCAACAGUGGUCGUGAGAGGGCUACCUGCAACUGUGCUUGCAUCUAUGUUUAUCCGCGAAGAUGAAGGCGAGGCUGCGGUGCAAAGACGCCGUUGCUGGACACCUUCUGCCCCAGGCGUUCGAGGUCGAAGCAGCGCCCGGGACUUCCUGUGA